AUGAGUUAAUAUGGUAAAAUUGAUUACUGGGAAGAGCGUUACACAAGAGAUCCAGAGCCUUUUGAUUGGUAUUAGCGUUUUUCAGGAGUAAAAUAGUUUAUUGUGCCUCAUUUAAUUCCUGAGUCCAAAAUAUUGAACAUCGGAGCUGGAAAUUCUAGAAUGAGCGAGGAAAUGUUUGAUGAAGGCUACCAAAAUAUUACUAAUAUAGAUAUUUCAUAAGUUGUUACCAAAGCAAUGUAGGAAAAAUACAAAGAUAAGGGACCAAAUAUGAAGUAUUUAUGCAUGGAUGUAAAAAACAUGGAUUUUCCAGCUGGUUCAUAUGAUAUUGUGCUCGAUAAGGGAACUUUGGAUUCUGUUUUAUGUGGUGAAAAUACUGCUACAAAUGCAUAAAAGGCUUUGACUAAUAUAUCUAAUGUUUUGACUCCUACAGGUGUAUAUAUUUGCAUCUCAUAUGGCUAACCAGACCAUAGAAUGCUCUAUUUAGAUAAGCCAAAAUAUGGAUGGACUAUUCAAGUAGAGUAAGUCCACAAGCCUACAAUCAGCACUUCUAUAUAACUAACUAGUGAAGAUAAGGACUCUCCAAAUGUUCAUUUUGUAUACAUUUGUAAAAAGGGAGCCGUUUCAAAUAAGUUAAACGAUGAAAACUGA